GAAGCAGAGAUAUCAUAAUUUUAUGGGAUGAAACGUGUUUUAAUUGCAGAGGAAUACAAGUAGUUGCAGAAUAGAAUACUCGAGUCUAGAGUAUAACAACACUCACUACUGGUUCUGGUUGUUGGUUGGUUGGUGGUGCAUGCUCCAUUUUCAUUUUCAGUUUUAGUUCUGAGCUUACUAAAAGCCAUUCAUUCCCAUGCCGAUGACGCUGUGUCCCUGUUUCGGUGACCGGAACACCGACGACGACGAGCCGGCGGAUCGCGACCCCGUGCUUCUUGUCUCCGGCAUGGGAGGCUCCAUUCUCAACUCCAAGCCCAAGAAGUUCGGCUUCACCACCAGAGUCUGGGUUAGGUUCUUCCUCGCUGACUUGGAGUUCCGCAAGAAGAUCUGGUCCGUUUACAACCCCGACACAGGUUACACUGAAACACUUGACCAGAAAUCUGAUAUUGUGGUCCCUGAAGAUGAUCAUGGCCUCUAUGCGAUUGAUAUUCUAGAUCCAUCCUUGUUUACGAAAUGUAUACAUUUGACAGAGGUGUAUCAUUUCCAUGAUAUGAUUGACAUGCUUGUUGGGUGUGGCUACAAGAAAGGAACCACAUUGUUUGGUUAUGGUUAUGACUUCAGGCAAAGCAAUAGAAUUGACAAGCUGAUGGAUGGCCUUAAAGCCAAGUUGGAAACUGCUUACAAAGCCUCUGGUGGAAGGAAAGUUAACUUGAUUUCCCAUUCUAUGGGAGGAAUCAUGAUCCUGUGUUUCUUGUCUCUUCACCGUGAUGAUUUUGUCAAAUAUGUGAAUAAGUGGAUUUGCUUGGCUUGUCCUUUUCAAGGAGCCCCUGGAUGCAUCAAUGAUACUUUAUUAACUGGACUUGAGUUUGUUGAUGGCUUUGAAAGCUAUUUUUUCGUAUCAAGGUGGACUAUGCAUCAAUUGCUAGUUGAAUGUCCAUCAAUUUAUGAGAUGAUGGCAAAUCCGGAUUAUAAAUGGAAAAAGCAACCAGAAAUUCAUGUUUGGCAAAAGCAAACCAAGGAGGAUGGGGAAAGCAACAUCAGUUUGGAAUCGUAUGGACCAGUCCAAUGUACAUCUUUAUUCGAUGAAGCACUGAAGAACAAUGAGCUAACAUAUGAUGGGAAGACGGUAUCACUGCCUUUUAACUUUGAUAUCCUCGAAUGGGCUGCUGGAACUCGAAAAGUAAUAAACAAUGCUAAACUGCCAGAUGGGUUCAGCUUCUAUAACAUUUAUGGAACAGCAUUAGAUACACCUUUUGAUUGUUGUUAUGGUUCGAAAGAAUCUCCAAUAGAAGACUUAACUGACAUAUGCCACACCAUGCCGGAAUAUUCUUAUGUGGAUGGAGAUGGAACAGUUCCUUCUGAAUCAGCCAAGGCUGAUGGACUUGAAGCCAUUGCAAGGGUGGGAGUAGCUGCUGCUCACCGCGAAUUACUACGACACGAGAGAGUCUUUGAACUCAUAAAAAAAUGGUUAGGUGCAGAGCCAACAGAUACCAAGAAAUCCAAGACAUCAAAGGUUGCAGAUGCUGAUGCAGUUAAGCCUAUGGUUCUAUAAAUUUGUUGCAUUGUAAAACUAGAAAUUUAUUAUUAGGUGAUUAUGGAGCACAUAUGAUUAGUCAUACCUGUGUGUGUACCAUAUUGAUAAAAAAAAAAAAAUACAGUAUCAUUACUCCAUAUUAUAUUCUCUUCAGGAAAAAUUUGGAAAGACUAUGGUACUGGUAUUAGGGUGAAAUAAUGUAGUUUUGGUACAUAUUUAGGCAAUCCAAAAUUACAUGGGUAUGGUACUUCGUUAUUCAUUGUGUAACGUUGUAUUGUAUUUUGGAUGUACAAUAACACUAUUUGAGGUCUAAUGGUUAAUGCACUUCUUUUGAUAA